GUGGGAGGAGUCGAUUACUUUUGCUAUCUGAGAAUACAAAAUGGCGGCGAAAGCAGCGGUGGUAUUGCCACGUCCGGUGACGUUUGUGACGGGAAAUGCUAAGAAGCUCGAAGAGGUCAAAGCUAUCAUCGGGAGUUCCAUUCCUUUCAAGUCUCUCAAACUCGACCUGCCUGAGCUGCAAGGUGAGCCUGAGGAUAUCUCCAAAGAGAAAGCUCGUCUGGCUGCUCUUCAGGUAAAUGGGCCAGUGCUAGUGGAGGAUACAUGCCUCUGUUUCAAUGCUUUGAAGGGUCUCCCUGGUCCUUACAUCAAGUGGUUUCUUGAGAAGCUUGGCCAUGAAGGUUUGAACAACUUACUGAUGGCCUAUGAAGAUAAAUCAGCUUAUGCAUUGUGUGCAUUCUCUUUCUCGCAUGGUCCAGGUGCUGAACCUCUUACAUUUUUGGGGAAAACUCCGGGUAAGAUAGUUCCAGCAAGAGGACCAACUGAUUUCGGGUGGGAUCCAGUGUUUCAACCUGAUGGAUAUGACCAAACUUAUGCAGAAAUGGCAAAGGAAGAAAAGAACAAGAUAUCCCAUCGGUACAAGUCUUUAGCUAUGGUGAAAUCUCACUUUAAGGAGGCUGGCUACGUGUUCCAGACAACAGAUGAUGAUACCAAUUAAAGUGAAAACCCAGUCCCCAUUUUCCUUGUUCUCCUUUUUUUCUGAAUUACAAUUAGAAACACUUUUGUUCACAAGUUUCUAACCAAAACAUAAAAUGGCAAAACAUAUUUAUUGGAUUUUGCUUUGAUCUCAA